UUAAAACAUUGUAUAUGACAUUUUUUAAAAUAGUUAUAUAUCAUUACAGAAUCUUGUUGAAUUAUCUUUAACAACUCCAUUGCAAGAUGAAUGUAUUUAUCAAACUCCUUUGGAAAUCAUUUCUAAAUGUUUACAGAAAGAUGAAAUGUGGAUGUCAAAAUAUUUGACAGAAGAAACUAUUACAGUAAUUUCACCAUUAUUAGAACGUGUAACUCCCACUUCAGAAAUAUGUGAUUUCUUAUGUAAAUAUUGUCAAGUAAAUCCUCGAUCCAGUAUAGUGUUAGAUUUAUUCACUCCUGUAGUACAGAGGAUUUUAAAACAUAACAUGGACUUUGGAAAGUAUCCAAAGACUCGAGUAUUUGUUCAAGAUUAUAUUCAAGCUUUAAGUUGCCAAAAUGAUGGUCAAAAAGUUAUUAUGGAUUUCCUCAAUAGGUAAUUUGUUAUUUUAUAUA